AGUUCAUUGAGUUAGACCAGCAAAACAAAUACAUGGCAACGCCGAAAUGGAAUCCGUACUGUAAAUAGGCGCUCAUCUUUUUGACUUUGACAGUAGUUUGACGUUACUGACAUUACUAUUACCAUUGUUUACAUUUUCAAUGUUGUUAUUUGUUAAUUGUUUGCCAAAAGAUACAAACCAUCUACAUCUGAAACUAAAUUAUUUUGAAAAAUAUGUAGAGUAGAUAUUAGUAUUGAAUUAUAUUCAAUUAUUUAUCAAUUUCCAAUCAGUUUAGAAUUUAUUGAAAAAGUAAAUGGAACUGAAUUUAAAAAUAUGUCUAAAAAAGAAACAGCAACAUUAUUAUUACCCCAGCCCCAAGCGAUUAAAGUGGAACCAAUUUUUAACAACGCAGGCGAGGAUGCAUUCAUGGAAAAUUUAAUUACUUGUGAUUAUACUACUUCUAUGGAUAUAAAGCAAGAAAUAGGUGAUGAAAGUGUGGCUAUAGAUAAUGUUCCGAAUAAUAAAUUUGAACUGAUAGUUAUAGAAAAAGGUGAUAGUUAUCAUCAAGAUGGUGAGGCAGACAUGGAUAUUAAUAGUACAACUGCUGGAAAUUUAAUUAAAAAUUAUAAUAAAUGUUCUAUAGAAAUAAAACAAGAAAUCUGUGAUGAUGUAGAUGUUAUUCCUAAUAGUGAAACUGAACCAAUAGUUAUAGAAAAAUGUGAAUUUUGUCAUGAAGAAUUUUUCUCCCCGAAACUCAAGGAAGACCACAUAGACGUACAUCUAAGCGAAAAUAUUACUUGCCCCGUAUGUAAUAAAAGUUUCAAAACUAAAGGCGACUAUUUAAACCACUAUCCUAUCCACCAGUCGCAAAUAUCUCCUUCUAAUGAUUCUUUUGAAUGUAGCACAUGCCUAAAAACGUUCGUCAAUAAACAAAAUUUAACAUUUCACGUAAAAAUACACCAAUUGACUGCUUUUCAAUGCCAAGAAUGUUUUAAAUGCUAUACGAGAAAGGAUGAUUUGAUUAUCCAUAUGAGGGUGCACAGUGGAGAGAGACCGUUCAAGUGUAAAGAAUGUUUGAAAACUUUUACACAAAGAGGAAAUUUAAGGAGCCAUACAUUGACACAUUUGGGCCAAAAAGAACAGUGUCCCUUCUGUUUAAAAUUAUUUUCCAAACAGAGUUUAAAGAAACACGAAAAACGCCACAAAGAGAAACCGAAAUUUUCCUGCGAUUCAUGUCCACGAAGUUUCUACGUGCUGUCGCACCUGAAGAGACACAUGAUCAGCCAUACGGGUGAAAAAAUGUACCAGUGCGAGCAAUGUUAUAAAAAAUUUACCGAGCCACAACAUUUAAAACGGCAUUUGCUUGUUCAUUCAGGUGUCAAGGCAUUCCAGUGCGAUUUUUGUUUUAAGAAGUUCACCGAAAAAUCUCAUUUGAAGAGUCACAUGAAGAACAACCAUUCGUCCGAUAAACCCCACGCAUGCCCCGUUUGCUUUAAAGGUUUCAGAAAGAAGUCCGACGUGACGAAUCAUGUACAGAAUCAACACGUUCAGGAGAAGAUUUUCAAGUGUUUGCUGUGCGGACAAGGUUUUUGUAAGGAGUUUUUCCUUAGAAUGCAUUUGAAGAGCAAACAUGGUGAUAUUAAAACGGAUAAUGUAGAAGUUAAAGGUGAAUUUUCGGAAGUGGCUAAAAAGAGUACCUAGAUUACGUUUAAAUUUUUAUAAAAAAACAUUUUAUUUGAGAAAAUAAAAUUUCCUUUGUUUUUAUGUCC